AUGUUUUCGACGCUGUUGCAAAGCGUCUACUCUUAUUUCUGGCUUUUGCCACUGACGGGCGUUGCUUACUUUGGAGUAAGUGCUUUGUUACCGGGGAAGAAACAUGCCAAUUUUCCUUCGGUUGGUAGUUGGGAUGGUUUGAUCCCUGCAUUCAUCCACAACGUCAUUUUUGCUCUCUCCGCCGCAUCUCUGCUUAAACGAGGCCACGAGAAGCUCAUCAGCAACAACGAGGCCAUUAUCAUCCUGCCUCAUGCGCUGCUGAAAGAGCUGGCCGGACUGCCGGUCACAGUGGCAAGCCCACAGCGGGCAUUAGAGCGAGACCUACUCGGCCAGUACACGGGAGUGAGCCUACUCGUUGAGAGCCAGUUGCACCAUUCUAUAAUGCAGAGGAGGUUGACGCCGCGAAUCCCGCUACUCAUCCCGCGGAUAGAGAGGACGGUAGCCCGUGCAUUCGAGAAGCAUUUUCCCAACGCUGAUGAAUGGGUCGAGAUCCAGCCUUCGAAGAUUCUUGGUCCCAUCUUGGCCAAGGUUGCGGCAGAGGCCCUCGUAGGUCCCGAGUUCAGCCAUGAUCCUACUUGGGUGGAUAUCUCGACUCACUAUACAGAAGCAGUCAGUUACUUCGGUGCUGGACUAACCUUGGCUCUUGUUCCUGAAGUCUUUGCUACCGCCGCAGCGCUGCGCAUACUCCCGACCUGGAUGCAAGAGGCUGUGGCGCCGCUGCUUCCGACGUUGCGCGCCGUGCGCCGUUACUUGGCCCAGGCAAAGCGGCUCCUGAGUCCCCGUAUAUCAGACCUCAUUAAGAAAAACGACGUCUCGCAUCAUACUGAUGACUCUCCCGACGAAACCAACAUGCUGGCGUGGCUCGCCGGCCAGGCCAAGGGCAAGGACCGCGAUCCGGACGCCAUCGCACAGGCACUGGUGCUGCUCUCGCUGGCCUCGGUGCACACGACGCUCCUUCGUGUUGUCGGCGUGCUGUACGACGUGACGGCCGCCGGCCAAGACCUGCGACGCGAGCUGCUGGACGAGAUCUAUAUGGCUGCCAUGGCCGAUGGCGGCUGGGGACCGGACUCCUACGGCCGCCUGCGCAAGAUGGACAGCGUGAUGCGCGAGUCGCAGCGGCUCUCGCCUCCCACUGUCAUCGGUAUGAAGCGCGUCUUUGUGCGCGCACACACCUUCGCCGACGGCACGCAUGUUCCUGCCGGCGCCUACGCGUGCAUGGCCAUCCACGCCAUCGAGAACGACGCGGCGCACACGCCGGACGCGGAUCGCUUCGACGGCCUGCGCAGUUUCCGCACGUGGGAGGAGGAGCGCGAGAAGCAGAUGGCCGGGAAGAGCAAAGCCAGUGCCAUCAACAGCAGCAGCGGCAAUCCGUUCCUCUUCGAGACACCGACCCCGACGAGCCUGAACUUUGGCUAUGGCAGGACGGCGUGUCCCGGCCGCUUCUUCGCCAGCCACGCUAUCAAGAUGGUGCUGGUCAAGCUGUUUGGCGAUUACGAGUUCCGGUUUCUCCCUGGCAGCGGGCGGCCGCCGAACGUCAUGGCCCACGAGUUCAUGUUUACGUCCCCUGAUCAGAAGAUCUUGGUGAGGCGGAGCAGGAAGGCACUUUGUCCGUUUUAG